GACUUCAGUAGAAUCUACCCUGUUACUGCGCUGUCUGUUCAGCAGAGAACAUCCACCGGUCUAGGUCACCGUAUCGUAACCGACAUAGCGUCCAAGGAUUAGUCGAACUGAUUUACCACAAGAAGCAUGGCUAAUUCCGGACUUUUAAUUACAGUGUGUGUGCUGGCUGUUCUGGCAUGUCACGUGAAUGCCCAGUGUCAACAGUCAGUAACCUGCUUAAACAGCCUUGGUCUCAACAUCUCUUCCAUCAGUCCCAGUGGUGGAAUUUCAGGGGACUUCAAUGUCGUGUGCAGAAAUACCAGCGAUGUAGUACACUGUUACGACUUAUUCACAAAAUGCCCUUCCGUGGCCCCAUUUAGUAGCCUGCUGCCAGGAACAAGUCAAAUGAAUACCGCUUUAUCUACGAUUUGUAAAAAUCAGAAUGUAUUAAUGCAGGGGUUUGCCUGUCUUGGUUUGAAAAACACAUUCCCUACUGAUCUCGCUGCUUGUGAAACCAAAGUACAGAAUGAGGCUGGAAACCUGACCCCGGCAAACAUUCAAGGAGAAGUAUGCAGCUUGAUGGACUCGCUUCUCAAUUGUGUCACUACAAUGCCAUCUCUGAGGAGUUGUGGGACUGAGUUUACGAACACUGUUGUUUCUUUUGAGAAAGAGCUCCUACCAACAAGCUGUCCAUCCGGGAGUCCGAAGUUGGCAUCAUGGCUGUUCUUUACAAUCAUGGUCACGUUUAUGACAUCGGUUUUCAAACGACUGUAAAUAGACAAACUGACAAUGAGGGCUCGCGUAUUCUUUGAACUACUAUAUACUCAGUUGUCCGGUCAUUCAUUAAAAAGAUACGCAAAUUGCAAUACCAUGCAUAUAUAGCAUUUCAAAUGUAUUGACAAUAAUUACUUUUAUAAAUAUAAUUGAUUUUAUUUUAACUUCCAUAAUCAAAAUAAUUGUGGAUGAAAUUCAUAAAUUCCCGCAAGAAUAUUUUUAUAGAAACAUAUAUAUAGCAAUGUUGAUAUGUUAUAAGAACCAUCACAGAAAAUAAAUGAUUU